AAAUCGAGAAAAUCAACGAAAAGGAUCCUUCAAAACGAUGGAAUAGGAAAAAGAUGCCAAAAAUCAGAUAUUUCGUCCCAACGCAACUUCGCCGGCUUCGACGAGGAAUCCUGCAGCGAGGGACACGAUUAUGAGCUGUUAAAGAGUGUCGCCGGCACCGACUCCGAACGAGAAAAGCUCCGACGACCGCAAACGAGAGCCGAAGGAAUCCGGAAAGCGAAGACCGAAUUACGAUCAACGACACAAGAUUGGAACUUCCUGCCCCACUCUUGA